CCAUUUGCAUCUAAGCGUGGAUUAAUCAACGCGCUGCGACUGUCUUCUAUCACCAAGCGCGGAAUAAUCCACGAGACUGCGACUGCUUUUUAUUCCAGUCGCUAAGUAUUCUUAAGAUGUGGGAGAUCACGUUUUACCCGUUUGUGAGCAGCUCGCCUAUAUCAGUUCAUUAUUUUCUAAAUAAGUUUUACUUUUGUUGUGAAAAUCUUUUUAACUGCCACUAUGAUUGCCCCAAUGGAUUUUGACGAUCUUGAUGAUUUGGAUCAAAGUAUAGAAAUAGGACAUACUCGAAAACGUAUCUGUAGGAUCUCAUCAAGUGAAAACAGCGAAGUUGAUCAGUGCGAUAGUUUUAGAAAUGAUAAUUACAUGUGGAAAGCUGAAAAUCAUACGCCAAUUAUACAUGAUUUUUCAAGUGUGGGUGGUGCAACUGUUAGUACGCAAAACCUGUCAAGAAGGGAAGUUUUUGAAUUAUUUUUUAACGAAGAAUUAGUUACAAAGCUAGUUACAGAAACAAAUAAACAUGGAGAAACCGAUGCAAAUUUUAUGCCUCUUUCAGAAGAUGAACUAAAAGUAUUUAUUGCUUUAAACAUUUUAAUGAAUUUAGUUUCUAAACCAAAUAUUCAGAGUUAUUGGACUGUAGAUCAAAGCAUAGAAACACCAUAUUUUAAGAAUAUUAUGGGCUGUAAGCGAUUUGUUUCUAUCGCUAAAAAUCUACAUUUUUCCAGUAAUAAUAAUUCUAAUGAUGCACUCACAAAAAUCCGAGAAGUUAUUCAAAUAAUAAAAAAGACUUUCAUUAGUAUGUAUGUACCACGUAAAAACAUUUCGAUUGAUGAGUCAUUAAUGCAAUGUAGAAGCUGUUUACAUUAUAUUCAAUUUAUUCGAACAAAACAAGUAAGAUUUGGUGUUAAGUUUUAUAAACUGUGUGAUUUGAAAUCGAGAUACAUACACAAUUUCAAUAUAUAUACAGAAAAAGAUAAAAGUGAUACCGGAUCUGCUAGCAGAAAUGUUGUGAUGAAUUUGUUGGAAGAGAGUGAGUUAUUGCACAAAGGAUAUUGUUUAUUUAUUGAUAAUUGGUACAGUUCACCGAAAUUGUAUUGAAAAUUACAUGACACGAAAACAAACGUAUGUGGAACUGCGAGAAUUAAUAGGAAACAAAUGCCUUGAGAACUAAAAGUACACCAAUUACAAAGGGGAGAAGCUGUAGUAUAUUCUACAAGAGAUAUAGCGGCGAUAAAAUGGAAAGAUAAAAAAGAUGUCAUUUUACUAACAACUAUGCAUAGUUUAGAAUUUGCUGAAACGGAGAAAACAGACCGAUAUACUGGACAAAAAUGUGUAAAACCAACAGUCGUAAUUGAUUAUUAUCAGAAUAUGGGUGGAGUUGAUGUUGACGAUCAAAUAUUAAGUACAUUUCAUACUAUGCGAAGAUGUAAAGAAGUCUAUAAGAAAAUAUUUUUUUACCUCAUAGACAUGAUGUUACUAAACAGUUAUGUAAUUUUUAAAAAUCAUAAAAAGGAUCGAGCUUUUCAUAUUGUUAAACAACAAUUAGCCGAAGAAAUUAUUGGCGAAUAUUUACCAAAUAUAAAAGUGAGGCAUCUACCGAUUCGAUAAUGCGAUAUACUGGCAGGCAUUUUCCUAUUCGGAUACCUCCAAUUCGAGCAAAGGGAAGCAGAACGUCAAAGCGAUGUGUUGUAUGCUUAUCUAAACAUACUCGAAGAGAAACGGUCUUCAAAUGCCAUAUUUGCGAUGUACCAUUAUGUAUUGACCAUUUUAAAGAAUUCCAUGAGAAAUAAUAUGAUUUAAUUUCCAUUUUAAUCUAAAUAA